ACGCUUUAACACAGCUGUGAUGCUUUAAUGUGAACUUGAGCGGUAACAAGAUGCAGACUUAAGACGCCUGAGAAAAUAUUUGCUCAUAGCCUUGUCAUUAUGGAUCUACUGACGGGUUUUGGUCGGGAUAUUCCAUGCAGUCCUCGAACAUUGAUUGGCACCAUACUCCGGCUUUGCAUAGCUGUGUGCAUACUGCCUCCCGUCUCCUCUGACAUGCUGUCAUACAAGAGAGGACGCAACUUCACCAUUCAAUCCUCCCAGCUGGUGUGCAGUUAUCCAGGCCCCCAGGGGCCUCCAGGUCAACCAGGGGCCUUUGGGCCUCCUGGCGUCAUGGGCAGGAUGGGCUCUCCAGGAAAGGAUGGCCAGGAUGGGAAGGAUGGGGAGAAGGGAGAGAAGGGGGAGACAGGAGAUGCUGGUCGACCUGGAAAUCCUGGAAAGCCUGGAACCAAAGGCCGUCUGGGGAUAGUGGGGAAAGCAGGACCCAGGGGCCUCAAAGGUGUGCGAGGGGCCCUGGGUCUGGCUGGUGUGAGAGGAGGCAAAGGGGACACUGGAGACCCAGGAGAAGCUGGAGCCAUGGGAGGGUGCAGCUGUGGAUCAAGGGGACGGUCUGCCUUCUCUGUUGCAGUAACAAAGAGUUACCCAAAGGAGCGCUUGCCCAUCCGGUUUAACCGCAUCCUGAUGAAUGAAGGGGGCCACUACAAUGCCAGCAGCGGCAAGUUUGUAUGUGCCAUUCCAGGUGUGUAUUACUUCACAUAUGACAUCAAUUUGGCCAACAAACACUUGGCAAUUGGAUUAGUACACAAUGGUCAAUAUAAAAUCAGGACCUUUGAUGCUAACACGGGCAAUAACGAUGUGGCAUCGGCGUCAACAAUUUUACGUCUGAAGAAGGAUGACCAAGUUUGGCUGCAAAUUUUCUACUCAGAACAGAAUGGUUUAUUUUUUGACCCAUACUGGACAGACAGUCUCUUCACGGGAUUUCUCAUUUACGCUGACCAGGACUUUGAUGUGGAGAGCCAAACAGCUGAUGAAGGAUCCAGAUGAUGUUGUGAAUGGCAUACUUUAGGAAAUGAUCAGUAGAGUGUAAUAUGCAGUAAAUGAAACUUUGCACUGUCAGUGUAUCAUACAACAACAGAUUUGCUUUUUGCUUACUAAAAAGUGUUGUGAUUUUAAUAGACCUACUUUUUAAUAAGUAUAAUCUUGUUAGGACUGGCAGCAUACAUUGCUGCAUCGUUAAAACACUUGCUAAUAGAAGUAUUAUUUUAUGUUGGACUAAAUGUCACUGCAGUAAUUACAUGAAGACAUGUCCCCAUAUUAUGUCCAAAUUUUAAAUAGCAUAAUCAUUCUUUUCACAAAUAACACUCUAUAAACAUGCCUGCUUAGA